GACAGAGACACUGCAUGAGGAGAGGCUGGAGGACCGAAACACCUGGGGUAUGUAGACCAUGAGCCGACGGAACCAAGGGAACUGAGAGAACCAAGGGAACGAAGGGUGACCAAGGGAACGGAGAGAGCCAAGGGAACGAAGGAUGACCAAGGGAACGAAGAGAACCAAGGGAACCAAGGGAACAAAGGGAACGAAGAGAAUCAAGGGAACCAAGAGAACCAAGGGAACCAAGGGAACGGAGAGAACCAAGGGAAUGCAGAGAUCCAAGGGAACGAAGAGUGACCAAGGGAAUGAAGGGAAUCUAGGGAACGGAGAGAACCAAGGGAACCAAGAGAACCAAGGCAACGGAGAGAACCAAGGGAACCAAGGGAACGAAGAGAACGAAGGGAACAAAGAGAACCAAGGGAACGGAGAGAACCAAUGGAAGGAAGGGAACCAAGGGAACAGAGAGAACCAAGGGAACAAAGAGAACCAAGGGAACCAAUGGAACGAAGGGAACCAAGGGAACGAAGGGUGACCAAGGGAACAAAGAGA